GGCGGCGGACCGUCAUUCGAACUGUCGAAGCACUCCGAAAACAAGCUUCUAAAAUUCCCCUCCAAGAUCGUCACCAGCCCUCUCCAAGCCUUCUGGCCCUCCCUGGGCUUCCCAAAGUCUUUCAAAAAGUCCUGAGUCCUCCAUCACCUAUAAAUCUCGAGUUAUUUGAGUUCGGAAAUCGGUCCUUGCCGCCCGAUUUUUUUGUGCCAUAAAAACUGCAUGUGUGUCAGUGUGUGAGUAUUCUGGGGAGAACCGCGGCGGGGCACUGUGCGUGGUCGUUGCGAAUGGCCGACCAGAAAACCAGGGAAGGAUGGAGGAUAACAAUCGAGACUGAUUUCGUCGGCAACAAAGCCAAGCAGUAGGGCAGAAAGAUGUCUGAGCCAGAGGAGAGUCCGGCUGUGCCGGAUAGUACCACCAGGGAACAACGCCUUGGUUUCUCCCACGGUGAUGAUGUCCUGCUCCAGCACAAGGAUGGAAAAUACUAUCUUGGAACAAUCGUUGAGGUUGAUUUAUCACGCGAAAGGUGCCUGCUCAAAUUUCUCGAUAAUACAUCAGCAUGGUCAACUGCCAAGGAGCUCACUAAACUUGCAAUGCCAGAUUCGGAUGUUAUGUGUGUACUGUGUAAAAAAUCACAGCCAAAGAGUGACAAUGAUAUUGUCGUUUGUGACAAGUGUGGAAGAGGAUAUCAUCAGCUCUGUCAUCAGCCCCACGUCUCCAAGGAGGAUGCUUCACCAGAUUCACAUUGGAUGUGCAAGAGGUGUGUUGAUUGUCAACCCAGGGUGAGGGAGUCUGGGGAUCCCAAGAAUUCUAUGAUCAAGGCGAAUAUCAGGAAGGUCUGCAGUGGGAGGGAUCAACCGGAACCACCACCUCAAGAUUUGACUAAAUUACCUUAUGAUCCUGAAAUGUUGACAUGGGACGCCCAUCACAGAGUAAAUGCAGAACAAAUUUACUGCUAUUGUGGAUUGAACGGCGAAUGGUAUACGCAGAUGCUCCAGUGUGCCAGAUGUAAGAUGUGGUUUCACGAAAAAUGCGUCAGCUGUUUGACUCAUCCUCUUUAUAGUGGAGACAGGUUUUACGUAUUUGUCUGUUCGACCUGCAAUUAUGGAAAUGAAUUCGUUCGUCGACUCGAACUCAAGUGGGUGGAUCUGGUGCACCUGAUGUUGUACAAUCUCACUGUUUAUAAUGCAAAAAAAUAUUACGAUCUUGACACGGUUAUCAUACCUUACGCCAUGGAGAAUUGGAAUUCCCUGCAACUACCUCCUAAUAUUCUCCAAGCCAAUGCAGCAACACGUCGUGAGUCAAUCCUCCAAAUUCUUUGUAACAACAGAAACCGAUUCAAAUGUGGCCGCGAAAUAAAGAAAAGAACAACGAUUUGGGGCCUGCGAGUCAGAUUACCACCGCCAUGUCCAGUUGUUAAUCUACCAUCAACUGGUCUUGUUGAUGAUUCGGUUUUGAGGAGAUGCUGGGGUGGGAAUAAAAGACUGCAGUAUCUUCUGCCACCCGAAAGUUCGAUAACAAUGCCAGAAAGUACAAAACUACCGAGCCCCAUGAAGCAGAGCCCUGAGAACGUCGAGAUCUCAGUGCAUCCCUCGGACGUGGUGAUGCGAGGUACAGUUUUUCAAAGUACUGAAGCUGACCAGAGUACUUGUCCGAGUGCAAGCUCCAAGGAGACGGCCACUCAGUCACUGCGUGACAGGUACAAUGGUGGUGGAUUUGUUAAAAAGUCGUUCCCCUUUCCAAAAUUAAGUUUGCAACGACGAAGGAGAUUGAUGGCACUUGGCAGUUCGCGUGAAAGGAUGCUGAGGAAGCACAAGAAGCGGGAAAAGGGCUGUGUUGAUACUGCUAAGGCGCAAGGGGUGAGAGAGGCGAGAUACAGAAAGGCGAGGAAACUUCUGAAAAAUGCUAUCGCCAAGAGUAAAACGCGAUCUCCCGAGGUGUCAGACCUGCCGCCAACCCCUCCGACUUCGGUAUCAGGUCCCCCAACACCCCCCGCAACAACAUCAGCCAUGAGUGAGCUGUCAGUACCAAGUUCAGUGGACCUGAUGCACCCGCUGCCCCCCUCGACCCCAGCAGAUACAAGUGGUGACGAAACAAGCUCCCGUGGCACCUUAGACUCCUUCAUCCCUCCACCAAAGGACUUUGAAGGAAAGAACAACCCCUUCCGCAAUUUAAGCGAACUCCUGGGAACCCCUGUGCAGAGUACUUCGAGCACACCACUCCCCUACAGCCAACCCCCCAUCACCCUACCCCUGCCCUUAACCCCAGUGAUAUCACAGCCACCAAUAGUGAGGCCUGCUAAGCGUCAAUUAUCUGAGAAGGACAUAAUAAUUGAUAGAAAUGGACAAGUCAAGAGGCGGAGACAGCACCGCAGAGGGCGCCCACCCCAGCAGCCCCAACAACAGCAGCAGUUUCAGACGACAGCCAGCAAGACCGCUGCAAUUAUCCCAGCCAGGAGUAACGACGUCAAGGGGGAUUUCGUCAGAAACCUCAGGAGUUCGUUCAACAGCUCAUCCAGUAGCACCAACAGCCACAUAGCCAAUUGCGUGGAUUACGCCCUCAAUGGGAGAAGAUUGAGACAACGACAGAGCAAUGAGAAAAUCAUGCCACCUGAGGGGCCACAGAGCAAGACCAGGAUAACUACAACCUCGCCCAAAUGCUCACCUGUCAAACAAAAUGCCCCUGACAUCUCCAUGGAUGAUCUCAAGUCCUCAGUUAAUAUGUACUUCGGGGCUGCCAACAGAAUUGCAUCUGGGGAAAAGUUCGUCGUUAGGGCUAAGAGAAUCGGUCCCGAGGGACAGCUACAGUAUCUCAUUGAGUGGGAUGGGCCUAAGACAUAACGGUAAUGUUUACUAUUAUUAUUGAUUUGAGGGGAGUACUCUGUGAUGGGUAUGAGGGGAGGGGGUCAAUUUUGAAGAGAUGAGGUUGAGUUUCUGCACUGCCGGAUUUAGGGACUGGCCGCAUAGUGAAGGAUAUUUUUGAGGUGAAUACAAAAAAAAAUUUUUGUGUUCCAUUAUCAACUUUUCAACUAUAACAUCAGUUGUCCAAGCAACUGGAAUUGAAAGAAAAUAGAAAUAAUAGCGCCUGGAGAAUUACAGAAAAAAAACGAUGACAGUCAACCUUCUCUACAAUGACAAUUCCUCUCGCACUGCGCGCCAUCCCUAAAAAAAAAUUAAAAAUAAUCUCUAUGAACAAUAGAAAUUGUUUUUUAGACGAGAAGACGCCGUCCACGUUUGCUGAUUCGUAUCACUUGUAAAUAUAAUAUUAAGGUGCGAAUGUCAGAUGACGUCAGUGAAUGUGUACCGCGUGUACGUUAAUGUUUUCUGUGGCAAACAAAACGAUGAUUGAACUCACAGGUGAAUUAUCAUCGAGAAACGGUGAAUAUUCAGCAACUGAUUAAUUUUUUUUUCCUCACAAAACCAAUAAUAAAGUCAGGAAAGUUAGGGUUGAUCCAGUCACACUGGUUUCCCGACGCUAUACUGGGAAUAUUUUUGGAUAAUUUAGCUGCAAGAUUGAUUGAUACGAAAGCAGAACUUUCCCUGCGAAAUUUAUUUUUCCAAUGGCAAUAUGAGAAAGUAAAUUAUUACUAGAUGUAGUUGUUCUGCAGGGUCUUCUCCUGGGAGGUAAAUCGAUGCAAUGGAUUCUGAACGUUAUCAGGGCUUCAUUGUGCAUUUAUAGAGCCCGGAGAAACUGCUGUGGUAUUGCUCACAAGACUACCAAACUCAACAAACCAAUACUUAUGACUCAAAAUUACCUCAAGCAUGACAGACGAACGAUACUUGAUUUCAUUAGAUUCACUCAUUAAGUAGCGCCAAUGAAGCCUCUUCUGAGACAAUAUUUUUGGCAUAAUAAAAAAAAUUAAUCACCUGAUGAUCAAGCACAAUCGGUGUGGUAUCGACAAGAGCUUAUUAGACAAUUUAAAAAAGAUUUCUAAACGAAAAUGGUGCAAAUGGCGUUUUUUUACGAUAUAAAUUCUAUUCAUUACUCGAACUCCACAAUUGAAUAAUCAUUUUGUUUAUCACGUCGACGAUGAUAAGGGAAAAACAAAUUAUUCGAUAUUAUUUUACCUCUCGACAUUCCUAUCGAGUCGAAUUUCCCUGAGCAUUUAGGUUAUAUUCAUUAAAUUCUAGGACGAUAUUUUGUACAAAAUGAACAUAUUAAUUUUCCUUAUCUCGUCGAAGAUGAUAACAAACAACCAAAGUAUUCGAAGACAUUGCAUCUCUCGACACUCGCAUUAAAUUGUUCAGUCGACUAUUCAUUGAACAUUUAGGUUAUGUUCGUAACGACAACAAGAAAUGAACACUGCCAAACUUCUAAUUUAUAAAUGAAAAAUCCAAUAUUUAAGUACUGCUUCGCUAUUAUUUUAUGUUAACCUUUGUCACUCAAAGGAAUCUCGUUAUGAUAUAAUUUGUGUUCUGAAUAAUGACUCUUCACAUUGUGAAGAUAGCAACGCAAAUAAAUUUUGUUCGUAUUGAACUACUACAGAAACAAAUCGUUAAGAUAUUUUAUUCUUUUCAAGCUCUCGGUAAGCACAUUUUAUCGUAUAUUAAUGACGAUAUUAUCUGUGUGACAUUUCAAUUCACGAGGCGACCACACAUUUUAUCACAAUGACGAACUGAAUAAAUUAAAAGAUAUAUAAAAAUUGAAUGAAAUUAGGAGGAAAUUACUGCCAGUAUCGUGUGUAAAUAUUUCCAAUUUUUAUCGAAAUACAUAUGUUAGAUUAAUAAAGUUAUUGAAUACGUGUGUGUGCCAGAGAGAGAGAGAAAGAAUUAUCGAGAAAAAAAAUGGCUCAAGCGCUUCCAGUGGACACGUCUGCGCCGUUGGACUCCCCAAAAUGCCCACCGAAAAAUAUUCCAAAAAAUGAAAAUGUCUUGAUACAUAAUCAUCCAUCAAUAAAACCUUUUCGUGCUGUACGAAUUAUCGAUAUCACUAUUGUUUAAUUUAUAAAUAAUAAAAUUAUUUUACACAAGUAUAUGCCAAUGAUGGAUAAAACUAAAUAAUAAGUAUUUCAUUAUUUAAUUAUUUAGUUUUCAGUGAAUACAUUUUACCCAUCAUUGCUAUAUUUUUUGCAUUUCACUAUUGGAAGAUCAAUGGACUCGAGAGUAUUGAUUAACCCCCCUCUUAAUGUGAUGUGAUCUAUGAUUAAUGUAAAGAUGACGUAAAAAUGGUCCACUGUGAAAAUAUGAUGGAUUGUGAGGGAUGAUUGAGGUGUGUGUGAGAUGUGAAUGAUUUAUGUUUAUACAUCUGAAUGGCGGAGACAUUUUUAUUCGUGUAUUGUAGCUAGGAAAUAAGAUUUAUUAAUUUUCUUCAGUGACGGGGCUCCGAUGGAUUGAGGAGGAGUGAGGGGGACAAAUUAAGACCCCUCCUGUUUCUUAUCUUCAAUGUUGUUCUAUUCAGCUUGGGCAAAAGAGACUGAUAAAUAGAUCCUUUAUCAUUUUUUUCCUUUCAUUCGUAUCAAGUUCAUUGUCUCAUUUUAUCAUUACUCUCGAUUGUUUUAUUCGUAAUUAGGUGAAUUGAUAUCAUUCCUUUAGAGAAAUUGGAUUUAUUCUCGAUGGUGUUAAACCGUUGAGCGCAACGAUCAUCGUUCGCGUGUAAAUAUAUCACCGUUAAUUAUUACAAUUGAUUGAUUAUCAUUCGCCUGUUGGUGGAAGGUCAUGAGCGAAUGUGUGAUGAGUGUCAGUGAUUAGUUUCGAAGCAUGAGUGCUUUUUGUUUUUUUUUUAGUUGGCUGAAGGUGCGAUAACGUGUAGAUUGUACUGUUUAUGUUAUCAGUUUUUAAUGUACUCUCAGACAUUACAAUUUAUUACAAUGCGGUAAUGAAGCUACCAUGAUUGUUUUUUUUUUUGGCAUACUUACAUAUUGCUAUGAAUCUUUUUAUCAUAAUGUAUGGAAUAAACAUGAAGUAAUGAGAUAGUAAGAUUUAUAAUUAUUACGAUGAUUAGUGUGAUGACUGUAAAGUAUACGUACGAUUUUUUGAAUGAUAAUAAAUGCAACAGAAAAGGCUAUCAUUCCAAA